GCAGCUAUCCUUUUACACUACUUUGCUCUAGCAGCUAUCUUAAUGAUCGCAAGUGCGGCGGACAUCAAGCAGGAGAAUGGGAUGGAAAGCGCCUCAGAAGGGCAGGAGGCGCCCCGAGAAGUGGCGGGGGGCGCGGCGGCGGGGCUGAGCCCCCCGGCUCCAGCCCCUUUCCCUCUGGAGCCGGGGGACGCCGCGGCGGCCGCCGCCAGGCUGAGCGGAGAGGAAGGGGCAGCGGCGGCGGCGGAUCAGGUACAACUCCACUCGGAACUUCUGGGCAGGCACCACCACGCCGCGGCCGCCGUCGCCGCCGCGCAGACCCCCCUGGCCUUCUCGCCCGACCAUGUCGCCUGCGUGUGCGAGGCGCUGCAGCAGGGGGGGAACCUGGACCGCCUGGCCCGGUUCCUGUGGUCCCUGCCCCAGAGCGACCUGCUACGUGGCAAUGAGAGCCUGCUGAAGGCGCGGGCGCUGGUGGCCUUCCACCAGGGCAUCUACCCCGAGCUCUACAGCAUCCUCGAGAGCCACAGCUUCGAGUCGGCCAACCACCCGCUGCUGCAGCAGCUCUGGUACAAGGCGCGCUACACCGAGGCCGAGAGAGCCCGCGGGCGGCCCCUGGGCGCCGUGGACAAGUACCGGCUGCGCAGGAAAUUCCCCCUGCCCCGCACCAUCUGGGACGGCGAGGAGACGGUGUAUUGUUUCAAGGAGAAGUCGCGCAACGCGCUCAAGGAGCUCUACAAGCAGAAUCGCUACCCUUCGCCCGCCGAGAAGCGGCACCUGGCCAAGAUCACCGGCCUCUCCCUCACCCAGGUCAGCAACUGGUUCAAGAACCGCCGGCAGCGCGAUCGGAACCCCUCGGAGACCCAGUCCAAAAGUGAGUCAGAUGGCAAUCCCAGCACUGAAGAUGAAUCCAGCAAGGGCCAUGAGGACUUGUCUCCUCAUCCACUCUCCAGCUCAUCGGACAGUGUCACCAACCUCAGCCUUUCCAGUCACAUGGAGCCAGUUUAUAUGCAACAAAUUGGAAAUGCUAAGAUAUCAUUAAGCUCUUCCGGAGUUUUGUUGAAUGGAAGCUUGGUACCUGCAAGUACUUCACCUGUCUUUCUUAAUGGUAAUUCUUUCAUUCAGGGACCCAAUGGAGUUAUCCUUAAUGGAUUAAAUGUGGGAAAUACACAGACCGUGUCACUGAACCCACCAAAAAUUGCAUCAAACAUUGUGAGCAAUGGUAUAUCCAUGAGUGACAUACUGGGGUCUUCCACCCAGGAUGUGAAGGAAUUCAAAGUCCUCCAGAGUUCUUCAGCUAACUCCGCAGCCACCACUUCCUACAGCCCCAGUGCCCCUGUGUCGUUCCCAGGGCUGAUACCCAGCACUGAGGUAAAAAGAGAAGGCGUUCAAACAGUGGCUUCCCAGGAUGGAGGCUCUGUAGUGACUUUUACUACACCAGUGCAAAUUAACCAGUAUGGCAUUGUCCAGAUCCCCAAUUCCGGAGCAAACAGCCAGUUCCUUAAUGGGAGCAUUGGAUUCUCUCCACUGCAGCUGCCUUCUGUUUCAGUAGCAGCUUCACAAGGUAAUAUUUCAGUAAAUUCAAGCACUUCAGAUGGGAGCACAUUUACAAGUGAGUCCACCACAGUCCAGCAAGGAAAGGUUUUCUUGAGCUCUCUGGCUCCCAGUGCAGUGGUAUACACUGUUCCUAAUUCAGGCCAGACUAUAGGAUCUGUUAAACAGGAGGGCUUGGAGAGGAGCCUCGUAUUUUCUCAGUUGAUGCCUGUCAAUCAGAAUGCACAAAUAAAUGCAAACCUGUCUUCUGAAAAUAUCUCGGGGAGUAGCCUCCAUCCCCUGGCCUCCUCAUUAGUUAAUGUAUCCCCAACUCACAAUUUUUCCCUGACUCCCCCUACCUUGCUAAAUCCCACUGAGCUAAACCCUGACAUUGCUGAUAGCCAGCCAAUGUCUGCACCUGUGGCAAGCAAAUCUACUGUGACAUCUGUCAGCAACACUAACUAUGCAACUCUUCAGAACUGUUCCCUUAUUACUGGUCAAGAUCUAUUGUCAGUCCCCAUGACCCAGGCUGCCCUUGGGGAAAUUGUUCCUACAGCUGAAGACCAGGUGGGUCACCCCUCCCCAGCAGUACACCAGGAUUUCGUCAGAGAACAUCGUUUGGUUCUGCAAUCAGUAGCUAAUAUAAAAGAGAAUUUCUUAAAUUCUGAGGGCAAAGCCACAAGCAACUUGAUGAUGCUGGACUCAAAAUCCAAGUAUGUCCUAGAGGGCAUGGUUGAGACUGCCUGUGAAGACCUGGAAACAGACAAAAAAGAGCUCGCCAAGCUCCAAACUGUCCAAUUGGAUGAAGAUAUGCAAGACUUAUAAACUUGAUUUCUCUCUCUCUCUGUCUCUUCUUUUUUCUGGCAUCAGCAGGCAGAUCUUUUCACAAAGCCCUGAGGACAUAAGGAAUUUUCCCAUUUAUAGGGAAAACACUAGUUUUGUGAGUAAAUGAUUUCAUGAGACUGGAUUGAUCUGCAUGAAGAUCACAGUUAAAUAUACAGGAGUAGAACUGCAUUGCUGCAGCCUUUUUGUUCACAUAUGUUGUCUUUUAAAUAGAGGGAGACAAAGGAACAAGAUGAAAUAUAUCAACUCAAAGUGUAUCAUUUGGCUGACUUAAUAUAACUCUAAGGUCAAAUGGAACUUGAUAGUUAUUUAAAAGUGUAUCCACCUGACAUUGGCAUUAGAAACAAUACGGUUGUUUUUGUUUACCUUCACUCCACGGGCAUUGAUGAGGUUGAGAAGCAUACAAGGUACUCCACACAUAUUCUAAGGGUUUGUUUUUGAAUAUAAGCAUUUCUGUUUUUCAGCAUUUUUGUGACAGUCUUGGUUUGUCUCUACACAUUUCCAAAUGUGCUUGCUAAUAGUCCAGUGGGGCUGAGGUUUGCAACUCCACUAAAAACUCUGAAACAAACUUCAGUAUGAGUGUAAAUAUAUUAGUCCUGUAAGCAAGGAUUUGAGGAAUUACAGUGAAUUUUAUUUAUGCUGUAUAUGUUUCUCUUAUACUUCAGACACUAUGAACUGAAAAGAAAAAAAAAUGUUUUCUUACUGUUUAAUUUAUUUUUAUUGUUUGAACAGGAAGUGAACAUAGUUAUUUCCAACAAAGUUUUACUUUUUGUAGGAUUUUAAAAGUAAUGAUUUUUAUCAGGAGUCUAUUAUGGUCAAUAUUAAUAACACUGAAACAGGCAGUCUGACUCCCAAUAUUGGAAUUUUGGUACUUUUUUUCAUAUCCUUGUUCUUUAUUUAGCAACUCUCUGAUUCAUUUAAAUAUUUUUUCUAUAGAAUUCUAUGUGCCUUUUUACCUUGUGGCCUUUUUAUUAUUCUUACCAAGGUACAGAAGUGUCAACAGAAGCACUGAUGGCUCUUCCUAUCUAACAGGGUUAUUUUCACCACAAAAUUGCUUUAAAUCUGAAGAACUUAGGUUUCACUUGUGUGAUUAUGUAUGUUUAUGACAUAAACUGAUGAAUGACUAAUUAUUGUUGAUGCUCUUCAUUACAAUGAAAAUACCAAUCAUAGAUUACCAUGUAAAAUGAAUCCUAUAGGCUACAAAAAACCAUUUUAAACUAAAGAAAGACUAUGUAAGUUCUCUUGAGCAAAAGUCUGUCCUGAUGAAACUUAGUUCUAAGUGUUUUGAAUCAGUUGUUACAUUAUGACAUACAGCUGUUAUUUGCACUAUAUUAUGGUGUCUUGUUUGGCAGUCAAUCUUUUGGGGUUUCUUUAGGAAGCUUGCUUGAUAAUGUGAGCUCUGGUUAUAGAUUUUAUCAGGACUGAACACAAAGUG